UAAAAAUUAUUAAUAAGUACCGACAAAAAGAAGGGGAAAUUCCUAAUACAAACUCAGUAUAAAAGCUAAGACAGCGGCUUCAGUAAUCAUUCAGCGGUUGUACUCCGACUUGCUUAGAACGUGGUGAUUACGUGGCGAUAUUUACUGCGAUGGCUUACUAUAUUACUUGGCUUGUUGGAGCCAUUCUGAUAGCUCACAAUUUUGGGAAUAUUUUGACAGCUUCAGUUCCUGAAACCCAAAAAGCUUCGAAAACUUUAUUCCAAGGAAUAAAACAAUUUUCUCAAGAUUUCUAUCAAAAAGCAAAUGAUGGAUCAGAUAAUCUUAUAUGCUCACCAAUGAGCGCGAACAUGGUUUUAGCCAUGGCUGCGUACGGAGCUCGAGGAAAUACGGCUAAGCAAAUGCGAGCAGGUUUACACCUACCCGAAGACAAUUCAGCUAGUAGAAACGGCUAUCGAACACUAAUUGAUACUUUUUCUAACGUGAAAGCGAUAGAGCUUAAAUUAGCCAAUAAAAUAUUUUUGGGAAAGGAUGUCGAAUUGAAACCUGAUUUCAAAGAUAUUACUGAAAAAGAUUUUCGAUCGACUGCAGAGACUGUAGAUUUCAGUAAAGGGACUGAAGCUGCAGCAACUAUCAACAAUUGGUCUGCUGAAAAAACUAACGAUCGUAUCAAACACGUCGUUAGUCCAGACGAUGUUCAAGGUGCAAGUUUGGUUUUGGUUAACGCAUUGUACUUUAAAGGAGAUUGGGUUUCACCUUUUGAAUCUUAUAUGACUCAGUCUGAGCCUUUCAAUGUCGAUGAAAAAACGACAAAAGAUGUCGACAUGAUGUACCAAGAAAAACGCUUCAAUUAUGGAACUCUUCCUGAACUUGACGCUAUUUAUGUGGAGCUUCCUUACAUUUCAAGUACAGAGAGCGAUUUAACUACUAUGUUUAUCAUUCUUCCCAAUACGAUAGGUGGCCUGCAGAAAGCUGAAGAAUUAAUUCCCAAACAGAACAUUAAAGAACUUUUUGAAAACCAACAUAAAACGUUACUGAAUCUCUGGUUGCCUAAAUUCAAAAUAGAAAGUACCAUCAAUGUUAAUGAUAUCCUCGAAAAAUUGGGAAUGACUGACAUGUUCACAAAUAAUGCUGAUUUUACGGGAAUUACCGAUAAUCCACCACUGAAAAUCAGCAAAGUAAUCCAAAAAGCCUUCAUCGAAGUUAACGAGAAGGGAAGUGAAGCCGCGGCUGUUACUGUCAUGGCAGCAGUGGCAAUGUCAGCACCAAUUUUCCCUACUCCACCAGUCAAUGUUAAAGUUGAUCAUCCUUUCGCAUUUAUACUCUACCACUAUGAAACCGAUACUAUUCUAUUCCAAGGGCAUGUAACAUCACCAUCUAUAUAAUUAAUAUACUUGAGCUAAAAUUUAUGUAAAAAUU